AUGGGUUUACCUUCUCUCUUUCUUGCUUUAAUUCCUCUGUUGACAUCAUUUGCUGUUUGCCAACUUGAAGAGUUUGUGAGCAUUGAUUGUGGGGGGUCAAGUAAUUACACCGAUAACAGCACGGGGUUGGCAUGGAUCUCAGACUCUGGGAUCAUGCAACAUGGCAUUUCUGUGGAAGUGGAAAGUCCAAAGGGAAAUAUGGUGCAGUACCAAAAGAGGAGAGACUUUCCCACAGACAGCAAGAAGUACUGUUACACACUAAGCACAGAGGAGAGAAGGAGAUAUUUGGUGAGAGCAACGUUUCAGUAUGGAAGCUUGGAGAGCGGAGACACAUACCCUCAGUUUCAGCUCUACUUGGAUGCAACCAAAUGGGCUACUGUAUCAAUAUAUGAUGCCUCAAGAAUAUAUGUUAAGGAAAUGAUAAUCAGGGCACCCUCAAAUUCUAUUGAUGUCUGCGUGUGCUGUGCUACCACUGGUUCUCCUUUCAUUUCCACCCUUGAGUUGCGACCAUUGAAUCUUUCAAUGUAUGCCACGGAUUUUGAAGACAAUUUCUUCUUAGAAGUUGCUGCGAGAAUAAAUUUUGGUGCUCCGACUGAGGAUGCUGUCAGGUACCCUGAUGACCCAUAUGAUAGAAUUUGGGAUUCUGAUCUCAUCAGAAGGCAAAACUAUCUUGUUGGGGUAGCCCCAGGCACGGAAAGAAUUGGCACUACAAAGAACAUAUAUGUAGAGACAAGAGAAUAUCCACCUGUCAAAGUAAUGCAAACUGCAGUUGUUGGCAGAAAAGGAGUACUCAGCUACAGAUUGAACCUGGAAGACUUCCCUGCCAAUGCUCGAGCAUAUGCAUAUUUUGCAGAGAUUGAAGAUUUGGAUAAGAAUGAGAGUCGAAAAUUCAAAUUAAAGCAACCUUAUAUAGCUGACUAUAGCAAUGCAGUGGUUAACAUUGCUGAGAAUGCCAAUGGGAGCUACACUUUAUAUGAACCAAGUUACAUGAAUGUUACUCUAGAAUUUGUUUUAUCAUUCUCGUUUGUUAUUACCCCGGGUUCUACUCGAGGGCCUCUUCUAAAUGCAUUGGAAAUAAGCAAAUAUGUAGAGAUUGCUUCAAAGACAGACAAACAAGACUCAACCGUUGUAAAUGCAUUUCGAUUAUUGUCUGCUGAAAGUUCCCAGACAAAUGAAGGUGAUCCUUGUGCUCCAACUCCUUGGGAAUGGGUGGAUUGUAGUACCACCAUAACACCAAGAAUUACAAAAAUAAUUCUUUCAAGAAGGAAUGUGAAAGGUGAAAUCCCACCUGAGCUUAGCAACAUGGAAGCAUUGACAGAGUUGUGGUUAGAUGGCAACCUGCUUACUGGAUCAUUACCUGACGUGAGCAAACUUAUAAAUCUAAAGAUUGUGCAUUUAGAGAACAACAAGUUGUCUGGUCGACUACCGUCUUACCUUGGUAGUUUGCCAAGCUUACAAGCACUGUUCAUACAGAACAACUCAUUUAGUGGGGAAAUACCUGCUGGAUUAAUAUCUGAAAAAAUUGUUUUUAUCUAUGAAGGUAAUCCUGGACUAUACAGAGAGAGCAAGAAGCAUUUUAAGAUGGUAGUGGGAAUUUCAAUUGGAGUACUAGUGAUCCUGUUAAUAUUUUUCUUGGUAAGCUUGGGGCUAUUGCUUAAUACGCGGAGAAAGGCAUCUCAAAAGAAACGUGAGGAAGAAGUAUGCAUUUCUGGACGCACUAAUAAUAGUAAACCUUUAACUGGAUACUCAUUUCUUCGGGGUGGAAAUUUAAUGGAUGAAAAUACUACUUGCCAUAUCACACUCAGAGAGUUGAAAGAAGCUACAGACAAUUUUUCAAAGAAAAUUGGCAAAGGAAGCUUUGGAUCUGUCUACUAUGGGAAGAUGAGAGAUGGAAAAGAAAUAGCAGUUAAGAGCAUGAGUGAAUCAUCCUGUCAUGGGAACCAGCAAUUUGUUAAUGAGGUGGCCCUCCUAUCCAGAAUUCAUCACAGAAAUUUGGUUCCCUUGAUUGGAUACUGUGAAGAAGAAUGUCAGCAUAUUCUGGUUUACGAGUAUAUGCACAAUGGCACUUUACGGGAUCACAUUCAUGAGAGUUCCAAGAAGAAGAACUUAGACUGGUUAGCUCGUCUUCGUAUUGCAGAAGAUGCAGCUAAAGGUGUUGAAUACUUACACACAGGAUGCAAUCCUAGCAUCAUUCACCGUGAUAUAAAGACAGGCAAUAUUCUCCUAGACAUAAAUAUGAGAGCAAAAGUAUCAGACUUUGGACUCUCUAGACUAGCAGAAGAAGAUUUAACCCAUGUAUCAAGCAUUGCACGAGGAACUGUGGGCUACUUGGAUCCUGAAUACUAUGCAAGUCAGCAAUUGACAGAAAAGAGUGACGUGUACAGUUUUGGAGUUGUUCUGUUGGAACUUAUAUCUGGAAGAAAACCUGUGUCAUGUGAAGAUUAUGGUGCUGAAAUGAACAUUGUUCACUGGGCUAGAUCUUUAACUCGGAAAGGAGAUGCAAUGAACAUCAUUUACCCUUCUCUCCAUGGGAAUGCUAAAACUGAGUCCAUUUGGAGGGUGGUUGAAAUUGCCAUGCAAUGUGUAGAACACCAUGGUGCCUCAAGGCCAAGGAUGCAAGAAAUCAUUUUGGCUAUACAAGAUGCUAUCAAGAUUGAAAAAGGAGCAGAAAAUAAGCCAAAAUCAUCAUCAUCAUCAUCGUUUUCUGGUAGUGGCAGCUCAAAGCCACAUUCUUCCCGCAAAACUUUACUCACAAGCUUUCUUGAAAUUGAGAGCCCUGACCUGUCAAAUGGUUGCCUCCCAUCUGCAAGAUAG